AUGCUCAUACUAGUUGAAAAUGCUGCUGGAUUUGCUCUUUUUCGAUAUAUUGGAAGCGAUACGGAUUUUCCUCAAACUAUAGCGGCAAACUUUGGAUCAACCGAAAAGGCAAAAAGAGCUGCUAAACUCCAAUUAUUUCAUAAAUUUGCUGGUAUGGACGAAGCUGUGGAAGCUUGUUCGGCUAUAGCAGAGAGUCGAAUAUCCUCGUCGCUUGACGAUUUCCUGAAAGAAGCAUUAACAGAGAGCAUUAAAAAAAGCGAGAAGUUGGCAGUAGCAGAGCCCAAGCUUGGAAAUGCAAUAAGUGAGCGAUAUGGAAUCCAAGUACUCGUAGAUGACAGGACUUUGAACUUGUACCGUGGAAUCCGCGAACAUCUGCCAGAUCUUCUCGGUACACUUGCAGUUAAAGAAUUAUCAGACAUGAAACUUGGUUUGUCUCAUUCUACGUCAAGACACAAUAUUCAAUUUUCGCCGGAUAAAGUUGAUACAAUGGUCAUACACGCCGUGGCGUUGAUUGACGAUUUGGACAAGGAAUUAAAUAGCUACACGAUGAGGUGUAAGGAGUGGUACGGAUAUCACUUUCCCGAGAUGAAAGACAUAGUCACUGACAGCUUGCAGUUUGCAAAGGUUGUUAAGGCAAUGAGUACUCGUGCAUCAGUUCGCACGGCAGAUUUCUCUGAUAUUCUUGACGAAGAAACGAUUACUCGACUUCGAGAUGCUGCCGAUACUUCUAUGGGUUCAGAUAUCACGAUGGAGGAUGCUCUGAACAUUGAAUAUGCAUGCGAGCAAAUAAUAGCUCUUACCAACUACCGUACGGAACUACAGCAAUAUUUAUCUGCUAGAAUGGCUGCUAUUGCACCAAAUGUGACACCGCUUGUAGGCGAUUUAGUUGGAGCAAGAUUGAUUUCUCAUGCAGGCAGUUUGAUGAGUUUGGCCAAAUAUCCUUCAAGUACUGUACAGAUUUUAGGAGCCGAGAAGGCAUUGUUUAGAGCAUUAAAGACUAAGCGUGAAACACCAAAGUACGGAAUUAUUUAUCAUGCGAGCUUGGUUGGACAAGCGUCAGCUAAGAAUAAGGGAAAGGUCGCUCGAACUCUUGCAUCAAAGCUGGCAUUAUCUAUUCGUGUCGAUGCAAUCGCAGAAGAGAAGGAUGAAACAGGAGAACUUGGUAAAGCGAGUCGUGCCUAUCUUGAGAAGAGGGUGGGUCAAUUGGAGGCACGGUUGACAAAUACUAAGACCAAAGACAAGACAAAAAAGAAAGAAGUAAAGUCAACAAAACCCAAAGAUGCUGGUUCAUAUAAUAUUUCUGGAGAUGUGGUUAAUGUACAAGCGUCUAGCUCAAGAGUGAUUGAGAAAGAUGAGAUGCAAGUAGAGUCUCCGAUCAAAUCAUCCUCAGAAGAAACGUCUACUAAGAAACGUAAACAACUCGGGGAAGCGGAGACAAAAUCAAGCAAGAAAGCGCGGUUAACAAAGUCGAUAAAAUCAAAUCUGCUAGAUAAGAUCAGAAGACAAGCAGAACGACUCUUGCGAAUGGCCGAGUAG